UUCAACUUGGUUUGUGUUGGUAGAGAAAAAAAGAAAACAAGGAAGACAAAGAUCUAUAUAAAUCUGAGUAAAAAUCUAUUUUUAGAAGAUCCUCAUCGAAACGUUUUCGGUUUAGUUAGUAUACGGGUGAGGAAUUUGUGGAAUUCGAACGAUUUCGAAUCCACCAGCGUUGCAAGUGCCAUCUCGCGAGGUAUUUGGUCGGUGGGCAAGUCUUCUCGGUUUAUUAGAGAGAGCUUGGUGAUUUUUUUUGUGUCCUAUACGUUCCUAAAGUGUGUGUGUUCCGUUUUUGGGGCCGGCAUCGUCUAAAUUUGCACCCUUUUAUUCGCAGCUUUCAGUUCUUACUUCUAUGUUCAAACAUAAAAGUGUUGAGAAGAAUUCUUUUGGGGCUUUUCGAUUAUGAGCGCUCUACAACAAACGAACCGUUUUAGAUCACGAAUUCUACCACCACAAGGUUUUACCCAAAGUUUAAGUGGUAGCGAAACAGAUGUAUCAACAUCAAAUGAAAAUUUAUCAAAUGAAGAGAAAUAUGUUAUUAGACACACACCAAGGCAAGAGCCGCAAGGACAAGAAAAUUUGCAAUCUUCAAAUAGGAGCUCACUCAGAGAUAGUUUACCAUCAAAUAGAAGUUCUUUGGACGUUUCUUCGUCGUCUUAUAACACCCUGAUUAUUCACAGCGCCGGGGAUGAACCUUGGUUUGGAAGAAAUUCAGGUACGAGUGACACAAACCCGCCGAGUUAUAUUAAUCACCAAACCUCGUUGAGCCAGGAGAAUAAAUUAUCGCCAAUUCAAAAACGAAUUUCACCAUCGACAUCGAUAAACAGUUCUGGUUUACAAGAAAUAACCGAUAUUCCCGACGAUUAUUUGAAUCAAUCCUCAGUUUUGAAACAUUUAGCUAAAGAAGUCAAAGUUAUUAAAGAUCCGCAAGAAACGUCGAAUCAAUCUCAAAAAGGGAUGGAUUUAAAAUAUGAUUUUGAAGGGAGACCGCCUCCGCCCGAAUAUCCCAAAUGGGGGGGCAAAUCAAAAGAGAAAACCGAUAAAUUUAAUUUAUCCAAAUCUCAACCGGAUCUUUCAAAAAUUGGGUUGGGUAAAAUCGGCGGGGAUUUAGCCGCGUUUAAAAAAACCGUUACGGCUCCACGCCCUAAAACGAGAGGCCGAGAGGAAUACGAUGCCGGAAAAGAUGAAAAUGAAAUGUGGCAACUUUCCGAAACCAUCGAGCUGUUGAUGCAAGAAAAUAACGCUUUGAAACAGGAAUUAAAUAGUUGUUAUCAAAGAGUUGCCAAAACACAAAAGGUAAAUUAACAAUAAUAUUUGUCUUAUAGUUAGG